AUGUCGACCAACGAUCAGCUCAAACAGGCUAUCGUCGACAGUGUCGAGCAUGGCGCCUAUCCCGAGCCCGACAUCUCGUCAGCCGAAGUGCCCUCAACCCUCCUCCCCGCCCUCCUAACCGACCUCCAGCAAGCCCGCGAUGAAGUCAAGGUAUCGAACAUACGGAGUCUGAGCAAAGACAUCGCGCCCGACGUUGACGGAUGGAUCGCCCAAGCCAAGAAGCUCCAAGCCGACAUCGAACGAUCCAAGGCCACAGCAAGGGACAUUGUCGCCCAGGCCGAAGCUGGAAAGCAACUGAAAGAGAAGACACAUGAUGCUGGAAACAAGGUCGGCUUACUUGAGAAGGAGGUCGCUUUCAACGAGUCUCUGGCCACAACCUUGGAACUGAUUCGCUCCUCCUGUCGCAUCCUUGACCGGGCCGAUCAAGCAUACGUCAACAACGACUUACGCACCGCUCUCGACCUCACCAAGCAAUGCGACUCCUCUAUUGCUGCUCUAUCGGCCGUUCAGGAUACUAGGGCCGUUGGUCUUUUGCAAACACGCAGCUCACGCUUCAAGGCCAACUUCCUGGACAAGACAACCGCCCUCGCCCAGUCCCUUCUGCAAUGUGACAUCGACGCUCGCUCCGUGACCAUCAAGGGAAAUGUUCCCGAGGUGCCAGCUGUGGACUUGGAAUUGAUCGUGGACAUACUCACUUACCUCGGCGGCCUGGACAUUUACAUCAGGCGCUUGAAGCGUGACAUUGAAUUUGCUCUCAUCAACCCUCGUCUUUCUACAAAACCCGGCCAACAUACUGUUCUCCAGCUUGACGGUGCUUGUAUUAGUGUUUCAGACACGAGCUCCAAACCCGAUACAAUUGCUACAUUGGACGACAUCUGGACAGCCCUACAUUUCUUCUCCACCCAUCUACCAAAAUCAGUUUGUGAGCCGCUGUCUCAGAAACUACUGCCGUCUUUGUUCGAGACUCUCACUUACAGUUGGCUCGACCAAACUGUCCCUGUGCAGAUUGAGCAGAUGCCUGUCUUCCAACAUAUUCUGGAUCGUGUGUCCAGGCUAGCCGAACAAAUCGACGCCCUAAAUUGGUCAAACACCGUUCUCUUGAAGGACUGGGUACAGAAUGCCCCCAGAACAUGGCUUUCAAAACGCAGAGAGACAGCUCUAGGCGCAGCAAGAAGCCUACUCUUCUCUCGUCUCAGAGACAGAAAAACUGUCGAAAGAGUCGAGACGCAGACCGUGUCCAAGGGAGAUGCCAUCAUUGGUGGUACCGACAUCGAUGAAGCAGAUGAUGCUUGGGCCGCUGAUUGGGAAGAAGAUGCACCAGAGACGAAGGAAGUCGAGAUCAAGAAGCCCGUACCUACAAUCAGUGACGACGACGAUGACGCCAGCGCAUGGGACAUGGAUGAGGACGACACAAGCGUGCCGACAGAGUCAGCUGGUACUAAAGCCAGUGGAGAAGACGCCGAGGAAGACGAUGCGGCGGAUGCUUGGGGUUGGGGUGACGAUGAGCAAGUCACAGAGGAGACAUCCAAGCCAGAUUCACCGAAGAAAGCGGCAAAGGCUUCCACGACGAAACAGCCCACAUCAUCUGGUGACAGAGAACUCACCCUCAGAGAGACAUACACGGUGACAGCGGUGCCGGACGGUAUGCUCGAGAUUAUCACGCAAGUCGUGUCGGAUGCCGAAAUCUUGACAGAUCCAAGCUAUUCAGGGUCACCCAUAGGACCGGCGGCCUCCGCGCUGUACACGCUACCGACAUUCGUACUCGCCAUGUAUCGAGCUACAGCUUCCACGGCUUACGGCAAACUGGACUCUGGCAACAUGCUGAUCUACAACGAUGCGUCUCGUCUAGCUGAUCAGAUUCGCUCCUUUGUCAACAAGCAAGCAGAAAAGGAUGCAACCUCAACCUUGCCAAUGCAUCUACGACCAUCAUCACGACUCAGGCUGGACAAUGACAUCAAAGCGUUGGAGACGUUUGCAAAGAGAGCAUACAGCGCCGAGAUGGAAUCCCAACGGACCAUUAUCCGUGAUAUGCUAGACGGAGCUCAAGGAUUCUCCAACUGCAACGCGGAGCCAUUCGCAAGUGCGUGCGAGAGUGCGGUCAGCAUCACCGAGGGACGUCUGCGCGACGUGCACAAGCAAUGGACGCCAAUCCUGUCACGAUCUGCCCUGUUGCAGUCUUCGGCAUCGUUGCUCAGUACAGUGUUAAGCAAGAUGAUCAUGGAGAUUGAAGAGAUUCAAGACAUUGGUGAGGAAGAAUCGAAGAAGCUGCGGCAGCUGUGCGACAAGAUGUCAGAAGUCAAGGAUCUGUUCAUUCAAGAGCAUCCUCAGGGCGGAGAGGCGAGCGACAUGACGGGAAUCUACUGCCCGAACUGGUUCAAAUUCCAGUAUCUGGGGGAAUUGCUGGAGAGCUCACUUGCGGAUAUCAAGUAUUUGUGGACGGAGGGUGAAUUGAGGCUUGAGUUUGAUGCGGAUGAAGUGACGGACUUGAUCGAGGCGCUGUUCUCGGACAGUGAUUACAGGCGCAAGGCGAUUGCAGAUAUUAGGAGGAGCUAG